ACAUUUAUUUUUAUCAAUUGUCAUUUCUUCCGAAAUCAUAUUUUGGGAUAAUCAUAUGAGCGAAAAUUAAGCCGGCGUUUAUAGAAACAAAUAUGAGUGAUACAAAUUUAUUUGGAUAUGACGAUGGAAAUACUACUCCUGGAGUACCGCAGGCUUCGCCGGGGCCGUACAAGUUCUCGCAGGACGAGCUACGAGUACUCCAGGAAUGCAAUACUGAAAGCUUCUUUCAACGUUCCUUGCCUUUGGGUACUGCAUUCGGUCUAACGGCGUUUUUCGGUGUACAGAAAGGUACCUUUAAGCCAAACCCUCGUUUUGGUGCUAUUCCCAAAGUGACAUUGGCAGUGAUAGUUGGCUAUUUCCUCGGCAAACUGUCUUACCAGCAAGCCUGCGCCGAGAAGCUUAUGGCAAUACCUAACAGUUACAUUGGACAACUAUUAAGAGAAAAAAAGCAAGGACGGUCAGGGAUAGCUACGAAACGUACUCCAACCAUGUUUGGAGCUACAUCUGACGACGUGUACUCCGAUGCUGGACCCGGUAGUUCCUUAGAUCUCGAUACGGAUCGUCCACUCUUCAAUGAUGACUCGUUUAGACCAGGGUCUGAUUCAGGUUCGACCCCUCACACAGACAGCAUACCAUCAAGGCCUGUCUUGUCGUAUGAUGAGCUACGUCGCAAAAACCGCACUGAGUACUCAGAUUCCCGUCAAGACCCAUACAAAAUGGAACCAAACACAAUACCAGCAGUGAGCAGACCUCAGCCGACUCCACCUCGAUCUACCUCUACCAACAAAUAUGGUGAUACUAUGGAAUAAUUCCAAUUAUCCUGAAUUUUUAACAUAAAAGCGCAAUGCUAGUAAUGUAGUAUAUUUAAGAAUUUUCUUAAAACGACAGUUACAUAAUAUGACCGAAAAGAUUAGUAAGUAGCUUGCAAACAUUAGUGUUAAAGUUUUACAAUAGGAGAUUAAAAUCGAUAUGAAGUAUUUCCUUUGCUAGUCGUACCAGAGCCAUUUUUGAUUGGAUGAAGUGUUCUGUCAUCGGUUGCCUUAUUACCAGCAAUAAUAAAAAAAUAUUUUUAAUAUGUAAUUAUUGCACAUUAAAAUAUUUAUAAAUGUUAUAUCUAACUGCUGUGGCGGCUUUAUCACAGCCAUUUUGUGCCUUUAUAAUAUGCAACCGUUAAUAGUAAAAUUGUCUACAAUGUUUUAUGUAAAUAUUUUCAUAGACUGAUAUUAAUUAAAUAUACAAUUUUUAAGUGUACUAAGUUAUUGGUCAAAUAAAACAAUAUAUUCAUAACAAUGUUUACAAUCUAAUGUUCUUGCAUUGCUACAGCGUCAUAUUGUUUUUAGGUUAGAAAUGUGGAUGUAAGGCAAUAAAGUAGAUAAGGGUUUA